AUGCCUCACUUGCGCCGACAACCAAAUCCGCGCGACACAAGACCCAACCAAGACAAUGCCCCAGGAAACCUCCGGGCCCAAUUCCAGACCCCGCCCACGCGUCACACUCCCACAAACCCAACCCAUCGACACCAACCCCCCUCCACUGGUCUAAAUGAUCUCACCCCCGACCCAGUCGCCGUGGCGGGACAUCCAGCGGCACCAAUAAACUCUUUUACAAUAUUUGGAAGACCAAGAGCGCGGGUAGAGCAACUCCCACCACAAAUGAUGGAUGACGACGACUUUGACGAUGAUUUCGACCCGCGCGGGCACAGCAUGCAAGAGCUUGGGAACGACGGGCCCCUCGACUUCGACGAUUCCUUCGAUCAGGCCAUUGAAGGGCAAUUUGAUGACUCCGAUAUUGAGGACGAGGAACUGGAGGACGAAGCCGAGGACCAAUUCGACGAAGAGGACCCCGACCAAGAGAUGCACGAUCGAGAAAAAUCACCCUCCCCCUUACCACCCAACCUGCGUGAGAUCUCAUCGCUCGCUUCCUGGACCGUCUCCACCUCCAAGCCGGGCUGCGGCGUCGCGGCCCUCCGCAACCCUUCCUCGGCCCAAUACUGGCAAUCCGACGGACCACAACCGCACACAUUAACCCUCCACUUCUUCAAACUGGUAGCAGUCGUGCGCAUCCGCGUAUACCUGGAUUUCGAGCUCGACGAAAGCUACACGCCCACCAAGAUGAUUUUCGCAGCGGGAAUGGGCGGGAACGACCUCGUCGAGUUCGCAACCUGGGAAGGUGACGGUCCAUGUGGCUGGGUCAAUGUGCCACUGGAGGGCGUCGGCGGUCGAAACGGUGGGUGGGUGCGCAACGACCCUGGGAAGUCGAAACGCCGAUCUACGGCUAGUAUGCGUCGGCGCACAAUCGUGUACCGGAACUGUGAUGAUCCUGGUCAUGAGCAUGAUGAUGAGUGUGAUCCGUUUUAUGAGAUUGAUGAGCCCGAUAGCCAGGACGAUGGGGAGGAUCCCUAUUCGGGGAAUGUGCUCAAGGCUAUGGUUAUCCAGAUGCGCAUUAUGGAGAACCAUCAGAACGGAAAGGAUACUCAUGUUCGUGGAUUUCAGGUGUUUGCUUGUGAUGAUAGUCGUCGGAAGAUGGCUGCUGCGCCGUCGGCUUCUGCUGAUGCUCGGCGCCGUCGUCCGUCCCUACGUGGAGCUCAUGAUCUUCGGGGACGUACUGCAAGUGAAGAUGCUGAUACUGGAUUCACUACUACCGGUCUAGACGAGCCGGAUUGGAUGGGUGAGCCAGUGAUUCGAUAA